CGGCAGCGGCGGACGCGGCCCCUCCCCCCGUCGGCCCCUCCCCCGCGGGCCUUCCUCUCCUUCCGCAAGAUGGCGGCGGCGGCUGGGCCCGGUGCCUGCCUGGGUCGGAGGUAGCGGCGGGCGCCGAGCGGGGCUGGAGGCGGGCGGCGAGGCGGAGCGGCGGCCAUGCACUUCUCCAUCCCGGAGACCGAGACCCGCGCCGGGGACGGCGCCACGGCGGCCUACGUGGCCUACAACAUCCAUGUGAACGGUGUCCUGCACUGUCAGGUGCGAUACAGUCAGCUGCUGGGCCUGCACGAACAGCUAAGGAAGGAAUAUGGUGCCAACGUGGUUCCUGCCUUCCCUCCAAAGAAGAUCUUCACUCUCACCCCAGUGGAGGUGGAGCAGCGGCGGGAACAGCUGGAGAAGUACAUGCAGGCAGUGCGCCAGGAUCCUUUACUUGGAGGCAGUGAGAUCUUCAACAGCUUUCUGCGCAAAGCCCAGCAGGAGACCCAGCAAAUCCCCACUGAGGAGGUGCAGCUGGAAGUGCUGUUGUCCAACGGGCAGAAGGUGAAAGUCAACCUUCUCACCUCAGACCAGACGGAGGAUGUUCUGGAGGCUGUGGCUUCCAAACUGGACCUGCCAGAGGACUUGAUCGGCUACUUCCACCUCUUCCUGGUGCGAGAAGCCAAGGACGGAGCCUUUUCCUUCAUCCGGAAGCUGCAGGAGUUUGAGCUGCCCUACGUGUCGGUCACCAGCCUCCGCAACCCUGAGUAUCAGAUCCUCCUGCGCAAGAGCUACUGGGAUUGUGCCUACGAUGAUGAUGUUAUGGAGCAGCGGGUGGGCUUAAACCUGCUGUAUGCCCAGACAGUUGCAGACAUUGAGCGCGGCUGGAUUCUUGCCAGCAAGGAGCAGCACCGUCAGCUGAAGUCGCUGCAGGAGAAGGUCUCGAAGAAGGAGUUCAUCCGGUUGGCACAAACUCUCAAGUAUUAUGGCUAUCUCAAAUUUGAUCCCUGUGUUACGGACUUCCCCGAGAAGGGCUGUCACGUCAUUGUUGGGGCGGGGAAUAGUGAGCUGAACUUCCAGGUCAAGCUGCCAAAUGACCAAAUCAAGGAGGGGAGUUUCAAAGUGACACGCAUGCGCUGCUGGCGGGUGACGUCCUCGGUCCCCGUCCACAAUGGGACAUCAGGCCCAGCUGCUGGCAAAUCAGAGGUGAAGUUAGAACUAGCCUUUGAGUAUUUGAUGAGCAAGGACCGCUUGCAGUGGGUCACCAUCACUAGCCCCCAGGCUAUAAUGCUGAGCAUCUGCUUGCAGUCCAUGGUGGAUGAGCUGAUGGUGAAGAAGUCUGGAGGCAGCAUCCGUAAGAUGUUUCGCCGUAGAGCCAAUGGAGCCCUGCAGCGCUCAGAUAGCCAGCAAGCAGUGAAGUCUCCACCUCUUCUGGAUUCGCCCGAUGGCAACAGGGACUCCAUUACAAAGGUUGCAAGCAAGCUCAGUUCAGUCAGCCUGCGGGCCGUCAGCCAUUCCAGCUCAGCCACCAACAUUGGGGCUAACGAUUUCCAUGGCAACUAUGCCUUUGAGGGCAUUGGUGAUGAAGACCUUUAGGUGCCCUGCCCUGACACGUCUGGCCGGUUCCCGGGUUGACCUUGAUGUGCCUCAACUCCAGCUGGCGCCAUGUCCCCAACUAGUCUCCCUCUGGGUGGAGGUGGCAUCGCCGGCUGGUGGCUUCAGCUCCAUAUGCACCAAACUAGGGCAGACAUGGCUCUGGCGCUGCUCACCAUAGACUUCAGCAUAACUGCUAGGCUUGUAAUCUCCUUGUUUAUCUUCCUGCUGUUUACAGAUGAACAUUAACAGAUGUUUGUGGCAAUGAUUAAAUAGAUCAUGAUUGGGAAUGA